AUGAUAUAUUGUGAGUGCUAAUUGUGUUUUUUAGAAAGUAUUAAUUUAUUGAGAGGACAUGGAUUACCUGAGAUGACUUUUCUUUAUCCAGAAUUUAUAAACAUUAGUAAUUGUAGCAUCUCCUCAAAUGAAAUAUACCGAAACAAACCCUUACAUAAUUCUUUAAAUUGUAUAAGAAAGUUGCUUCUAAAGACAUGCAUUUUUUCUUAUAUAUAGGUUUUUAUUAAAUAGUCAAUAUAAAAUAUUUAAAAAUUAUAAAAUAGCUUAUGCUUUAAUAAUCCCUUCAUUAUACGUUAAGGAUAUGACUUAAUGCAAAGAUUAAUUUCAGAAGUUAUUCCUAUAAUCAAUGUUAAAUUUUAUUCAAACUUAUUAUUGAUUACUGAUUCCAAUAAACAAACAGGUUUGCUAUCAAUAAUCUCUAAAUAAAAUUAUUUAAUAGCUCUUUUAAUGUUCAACUACACUAAAAAUCAUUUAAAUGAAUAUUAUUAGGAUUCUACAAGAAUUUCAGCGACUACAACUUUUAUCUAAUUAUAUUAAGGAUGGGUCCUGAUAUAAGCUUCUCAUGUUGUUUAAAAUAUUGUCACUAACUCAAGCCAUUCUCUUUUAUACAUCAAUCUGCUAAAUUAGAAAUCCGUGAAUGCACAUUUACAAAGAACGAUGCUAUUAAUUAUUCUUCUUUAAGCCAUUAUCUUUUGUAUUCUGAAGUGUAAGACUUGA